AUGUCUAGCCAUUUCAUGAUCUGGAAUGCCCAGGGGAUAGCGAACGCUACUACCCAAGGCAGUUUCAAGAAUAUGAUCGAUAUGUAUAGUGUGUUGUUUGCCGCAGUGCUUGAGCCUCAGACAGAACCCCAGCCUUCUUUCUUUAGUAGGCGCUUUGGGUUGCAAUUUAGGUGCUCGAACACAAACGGCAAGAUUUGGAUCUUCUCUCACAGGGAUUGGCAGGUCGAUGUGAUCGACGAUUCCGAGCAAGUUCUUCAUGUCCGAGUUACUGCUGCUUUAUUCCCUACUCCAAUCUUUCUCUCCGUAGUGUACGCUAAGUGCUCGAGGGAGGGGAGAUACGAUUUGUGGAAUAAGCUCAGGGACAUCUCCUUAGCGACUGACGGGGCACCCUGGCUUGUUGGAGGCGACUUCAACAUCUUCUUGUUGGAGGAAGAGAGACGGGGCAGUACGACAGAUAGGCACGGAGAGAUGAUGGACUUUGCUGACGCCGUUGCAGACUGCCAGCUUCUGGACCCAGGCUUUGAUGGCCCACCUUUUACUUGGACGAGGAGUGGGCUCUGGGAGAGGUUGGACAGAGUCCUUCUAGGGGAGCAUUGGACGACAGUCUUUGCAGCUACUAGGGUGACUCACUUGCCUAGGAUCUCUUCAGAUCAUGCCCCUUUGCUCGUGCGAUGCCAGCUCACUACCCAGAUUCCGAGGCCAUCCUUUAGGUUUCAGAACAUGUGGGUACGGCAUCAUACUUUCAGGGAUGAGAUCACCAGAGUGUGGGCGGCGGAGACGGGCUUCUUCGGCAUGCUCAAUCUUCAGUUCAAACUCAGCAGAGUGAAGAAUUUUCUCAAAGGAUGGAACAGAGAGGUCUUUGGGAACAUCUUCGAGAGGCUGAGGGAUGCAGAGGAGGCAGUUACCGUUGCGUAG